GGAAAAGUGUGAUUUGCUGAGUGGUUUGACGCACUCUGACAGGCAGGUGCAUAUGGUGACUGGCUACGGUGGAGAGGACCAGCACGGACCAUCAAUGGAGGGCAGCAGCAGCACCAGUCCGGCUGCCAUUCGUGCAGAGAACGAGCGACUGCGUCAGGAGCUGGCCAUGUGGCAGCAGCAGGCCUCGAUCAACCAGCAGAGCAAGGUGACCGACCCAGGGCCUCACUCACCCCUCAUUCAUCGACAGCAAUGAAGAUAAUCAUUCGGGAACGGCCUGGCCUGUCUGUCAUGUGUGUGCAUCGCGUGUGUGUAGGCGGAGAUGAAGGAGCUGCGCGACCGGCUGGACAAGGAGCGGCACAUUGCAAGCGUGCAGAAGUCUGCCUUGUUUGAGAAGCAGAGGGAGGUGGACGUGCUCAAGAACAAGAUGAUCAGGCUGCAGAGGGAAAUGACCGGCGAGAAGGGCGCAAUGGCCAAAGUCACAACAGAGAACAUGCUGCUGGUACACAUGUGUACAACCAAUACACAAGUUCCACGUCAUCUUCUCUCUCCUUGCCUUGCGCCGCGCCCAGGAGAAGAAGCUCCUCGAAGCGGCCGGGAGCAAGCUGGCGGCCGAGAUGCUCCGUGCCGUCAAGCAAAGUGCGGCUGCCGGCCCUCCUCCCACAUCAUCGACAGAGAAGGAGAGGUCUCCCGGCGGCAAGAAGGCGACGAUGGCUGCAGAGGGGGGUGCGGGUGGCGGGAGUGGGGUGGUGAGGACCUUCGAGGAGUUUCUGCGGCGGAAGGACUUGUCGAGGGUGUCGUUGGCUGAGGGCGGGGUGGACGACUACUGCGUGUCGGUGCUCUGCAAUCUGUUCAAGCAGUGAGCGCUGUGGGCCGGGCUGUGGGGAUGGGGAUGUUUUCGUGGCGUCUCUGUAGGUGUAAGACGCUGUCCGUGAUCGAUCUGUCCCGCAAUGCCCUCACCAACACUGCUGCCAAAGGUAUGUAUGCGAUGCACACGAGGGAGGGGAGAUUCGUACGGGAAUCCACCAACGAGGGCCUGGUGAUCAUAUCAAUGGAUGUAGACCUCGCCCCCUUGUUGAGCUCUCUGCCCACCCUUUCCUACCUCUCCCUCGCCGCCAACAACAUGUCUCCAGGAGCAGUCGGACCAAUCGCCGUCGCACUCAUGGAGGUAACACAGAGAGAGAGAGAGAGACAUCGAACCAUCCCGACCAUUCAACCUCCUUCCCUCCCCUGGCUGUCUCGCUGGCUGUGUCUGCAGCGUCUGUCGUCCAAAGGUCAGAAGAUGGCUGUCAUCGAGAUGAUCGACAUGCAGGGCCAGCGGCACCCCUCAUGGCGGGGCAGCAUCAGUGCCUCGGAGAAACAGAGAGAGGGCAGUGGUGAGGAGGCGGAGAUCAGGGGGGCGGUGGGGGGGCUGCUCGAUGCUGUGGGCAAGGAGGUGUGGGCCCACGUCGUCAUGAUGUGCAAAGUAAGAUCGGGCUAGAUGAUGGGCAGAGAGGAUGGCAUGGCGAGAUGUCGUGGUUGGGAGGGUUCAGGUGAGCAAGAACCUGUCAUCGAUGAGCAUGUCGUCGAAGCUCGAUCCCAAGAGAGUGGAGUUCCAACACAUCAACCAUGACGAACUCACCGUAAGACAGACACCCAUUGGCCGACCAGCCCACCCAUUACACACCGCCCCUUUGUCUGUCGUCCAUCAGGCCCUCCGUGAGGCGAUGAGCAAGAUCGUGCUUGCCGAGCUGCCCACGUCUGCUCCCGCAGACACAGAGGAUGAGUCAGAGGGACCCCCAUGCAGAGUGGUCACAGCCGACUGGGCCUGCCGCACCGACGCCGCUGCUGCCGGUGGUGCCACCGAGGGCAGGCUGCCUGAGAUACAGCCAAAGUAUUGAAGAGGGAAGAAGAGCAGACCAGGAGAUGUGAUGUGUGUGCGUGGCAUGGGUGUGUCGUGUGCUGCCCAUUAGGGUGGGGGCGGAAGCCCAGCCACAGAGGCCUCAGAAGGCGUCAGACGCACAGGUGAGAGACGUCGGAUGGAUAGGGUAUCCAUUGAUGGCCCUGGUGGGUUCUGUGUGCAGGGUUACGGGACCACAGUGAGUCCGGCUCCCCAGGGCACGACAAUGCAGCGCAUGGCUCCCGGCACAAAGGAGAAGGCAAAGACAUUCAGAAUAAGGCAAAUCGUCAACAAAGCCGGACAUGUAGGCCAACAAAGAAGACAACAACGCACUCCACACACGCAGACGAGCGGAAACCUCCUCUCCACGCAGGUGAAUCUUGCAGCUCUCGACAAGUCCAUGGAGACUACUUCCAUCGAGGCCCGCGACGUCGACACAGGCGAAACACUCCUCGAGUCCGCUUGCCGCACGGGCAACCUCGCCCUCGCCAAGCUGUGCUACCGUCGAGGCGCAGCACUGCAGCCCAGAGCCCCUUCUGUCAACGCGCCCUUCACUGUGGCGGCCAAAUACAGGUUGGCGGGGUGAGACGUGAUGUGACGGUGGGGUGGCAUUGUGUGUUGCACGUUGCAGGCACUAUUCAAUAAUGGAGUUUCUGCAUCACUAUGGCGUCAAGGUGAACGCGCAGGACGGCGAAGGCAAGACGGCCCUACACGUGGCCACUUCCAACAACGACCUCGACGCCAUCUGCAGGUCGGGGCGGGGAGUGGAGGGAGGGACAAGAGACACAUACGAUGGUAAUGGUGCUUGGCGCAGGUUGAUGGAGUGGGGGGCAGAGGUGAACGUGCGAGACAAGAGGAAGCGCACCCCUCUCCACUUCGCUGCCAUUGCCGGCCAUCCAGAGGUGUGCCGAUCCAUAUCCCCCUCUCUCUUCUCUUUGUAUUGUAUUGGUGUCCCGCGCCUGUGUAAAUGGAUGCAGGCGGCACUGCUGCUGCUGGAGCUCGGUGCAGAUCUGAACGCCAAGGACGAGAAGGAGUGCACUGCCGUGGCGCACGCAGAGGCACACGACCACUUCGCACUCAUGGACAGGCACGUCUCUGUCAACACACACAAUCAUGCAGGCAUCCGAUUCCUACCCACCGAUAUCCAAUUUGACUGCAGAUUGAUCCAGCUGGGCGGCAAGGACCUGCGGCCCUACGCCCCAGGUGCCCCCCAGCACCAGCAGGGGAUGUCUCACUCCCCUUCCCGCCCAGCUCUGGCCACAGCCACUACCAGCCAGAACCUGUCAGCCGGCCCGACGUCCAGCAUGGGCAGUGCACCGCGUGUUGCCGAGCCCCUAGUGCUCAAGACGCUCGUGCCGGACAGGAGAAAGGGGGGGCAGCUGGGAUCUUCUGCUUCCAUGCCCAAACUGCUGCAUAGACUGAGAAUGUAAUGUGAGCUUGUGUCGAGGGAGGGGAGGGGGAUCUGGUGGCAUUUGGUGAGUGCAUUGUGGCGUGGAAGUGAGGCCAUUGUAC